AUGCAUCGGCGAUCAGUAAUCCUAAUGUCUCUAAUCCUAUCAGUGGUCGUUGGAAACGUUUAUACAGAUAUUAAGCAUUGUCCAGCUGGCUCCUACUGUCCAGCAAAUAUGAAAACAGGUCAACCAAUUCCAUGCCCUGCGGGAACGUUCAGUAAUGUUGGGCAGGGUGCCUGUACACCGUGUCAAAGUGGAUUUCAUGCAACAAAACCAGGCUCAACAUACUGCACUAUUUGUCCUGCAGGAUAUUACUGUCCUUAUGCCCAUCUUUCGCCAUUACCAUGUCCGCUAGGACAGGCUAAUGACCAACGUGGUCAAAUAUCUUGUACAAAUUGUAAUAUCGGCUAUUAUACAACAGAUAAGGGUUCAACU